AUGUUGUUGUGGCCAUACUUGAGGACGGAGGCGAGGUGGACCAAGUACAAGGUGGCGGUGGACGCGGAGGUGGGGCUGCGGAGGAGGGAGGACAACAUGUUAGAAAGUCUUCCGGAAAUGAUUGCUCGAGUUUGCUCAAAUGACGGCACACUGCAACUCGAAGUCACAACUCAGUUUCGCAAACUUCUUUCAAUAGCUUGGGCUCUUACAAACAUUGUAUCUGGGACAUCUGAUAACACCAAGGUUGUGAUUGAUCAUGGUGCAGUUCCAAUUUUUGUGAGACUUCUUUGUUCCCCUAGUGAUGAUGUUCGAAAUUUUGCCUUUGACAAAACAAUAUCUUGUGAUCUUGUCCUUAGUUAUGGAGUGUUAAUGCCCUUAUUGGCACAAUUUAAUGAUAAAACAAAAUUAACCAUCAUGAGAAAGGCAACGGAGACAUUGUCACAGCUUUGUGCGAGACGGCCUCCGUUAGCGCAGGUGAAAUCUGCCAUCCAUCCUCUUGCUCUUCUGAUUCAAACAGACGAUGAAGAAGUCCUUAAACAUGCAUGCCGGGCACUAUUCCGUCUAACUCAUGGGGAAAUGGAGAUAAAACAAGCUGUGAUCGAUGCUGUGGUUUGCAGAUCUCCUUCACAUCAUGUUUUGCUACCUGCCUUGUCCAUUGUUGAUAAUAUUAUUCCAUAUGUAAAUGUUGUCCAGAUUCAGGUUAUCAUUGAUAAAGGAGCUCUUCCUUGCCUGCUUAACUUGUUGACUCAAAAUUACAAGAACAAUGUCAAGGUGAACACUUGUUGGAUCAUUUCAUUUAUCAUUCGACGGACUAAGGAUCAUAUUCAGGCUGUGAUUGAGGCUGGUAUUAUUUCAUAUCUUCUCCAACUACUUCAAAAUGCUGAUUUUUCAACGCUGAUGUCACUUGUUUUGGCUAUUUUUUAUGCCAUUUCUAACGGAACUAACGAGCAAAUUAAGUUCUUGGUGCACGAGGGUUGUAUAAAGUCAUUGUGCGAUCUUCUAGAUGUUGCUGGGGGUCUUCAGAAGAUUAAGAACCUGCAGGCUCAUGACAACAAUGAAAUAUGCGAAAUUGCUUUGAAACUACUUGAAACAUAUUGGUCAUCUGGUUUUCUGAAUUGCGAAAACGAUGUCGUUGAGGCCAUACGCGAGGACGGAGGUGAGGCGGACCAAGUACAAGGUGGCGGUGGACGCGGAGGUGGGGCUGCGAAGGAGGGAGGACAACAUGAGUUUUGCUCAAAUGACGGCACACUGCAACUCGAAGCCACAACUCAGUUUCGCAAACUUCUUUCAAUAGCUGAUUUUGUUUGCGUUUUAAUUUAUUUGUUGAGUUUCUUGCAAGAGAUGACUACCCGCAACUUCAGUUCCCCUAGUGAUGAUGUUCGCGAAGAGGCAGUUUGGGCAUUUCCACAUUUGGAAAUGUUGCUGGCAACUUACCAAAAUUUAGUGAUCUUGUCCUUAGUUAUGGAACGUUAA